AUGAGGAAUAACAGUGUGACUGAAUUCAUUCUGUUUGGGUUGUCACAGGAUGCUGGAAAGCAGAAAGUAAUAUUUGGGAUCUUCUUGAUUCUUUACCUUGCAACUCUGUUGGGGAACUUUCUCAUCAUGGUGACUAUUAAAACAAGCCAGACCCUUGGGAGUCCCAUGUACUUUUUUCUAUUCUACCUGUCUCUUGCUGAUGCUUGCUUCUCGACUACCACAGCCCCCAGGUUGAUUGUGGAUGCCCUUUCUCAGAAGAAGAUCAUUUCCUACAAUGAGUGCAUGACUCAGGUCUUUGCAGCCCAUUUCUUUGGAUGCAUGGAGAUCUUUGUGCUCAUUCUCAUGGCCUUUGAUCGCUAUGCAGCUAUUUGUAAGCCUCUGAGAUACACAACCAUUAUGAGUCGGCAUGUCUGUUGUAUAUUGGUGAUUUUGGCCUGGGUAGGGUCUUGUAUUCAUUCUUCAGCACAGAUUUUCCUGGCUUUGAGAUUGCCCUUCUGUGGCCCAAAUGUGAUUGAUCACUAUUUCUGUGAUUUGCAGCCCUUGUUGAAACUUGCCUGCAUGGACACUUAUGUGAUAAAUUUACUAAUUGUGUCUAAUAGUGGGGCCAUAUGCAUGGUGAGUUUCAUAAUUCUGCUAAUCUCCUAUAUAGUCAUCUUAUACUCUCUGAGAAACCACAGUGCAGAAGGAAGGCGAAAAGCACUUUCCACAUGCACUUCCCACUUUAUUGUUGUUGUCCUAUUUUUCGGUCCAUGUAUAUUUAUAUACACACGCCCACCAACAACUUUUCCAAUAGACAAGAUGGUGGCUGUGUUUUAUACAAUUGGCACACCCUUACUCAACCCUCUGAUCUAUACACUGAGGAAUGCAGAAGUAAAAAAUGCCAUGAAAAAAUUAUGGUGUAACAAAGUAUGA